AUGUCGUUGGGCUUUGGGCGCCAAUGCGUUAGUGUGGUUGGCUUCGUGGGCGCGGGAAAGUCGGAAAAGCAGCCAGCGGCGCAGUGGUCUUUAGGGAAGCCCUGGGACGACAAAAUCCGCCCGCACUCUUCAGCGUCACAGCAUUCUUUGACGGCCCCGCAGCAUCACAGCAGCCACCCACAGCGAGGUGAGACAGCCGUCCUUGCUACGCGCCAACGCAGGCACUAUUUGCAUCCGUUGGAUUUGACGAUGGUUGAACUUCGAUCACCCGGAACCAUUUCGACACGAAGAGGAACGCAACGCGUCAAUAAGCCGAGCCCGCCUCAACUGAACGAGAAUCCAA